GGUGAGCGUGAAAUUAUACCGCUUCAAUCUUAGUUCGUCAGUAGUCUCUCGUUGGGUACAUUUCUCAUUGAUGAAGGCAGUACUUUGUUAGGAUUUAAGAUAUUAUAGCGAAGCCGACAUCGAGAGAGAAUACGUUGUAUUAUCAAGAAUACUUGUAAUAUAGAUAGAUAGACGUACUCUGCAUGUUUUGUGCAGUGAAUAAGACGAGUGCGGAAUGUGGGAGAUAAAACGACUGGCGGAGUUUAAGUCAUUACAUGAGUAUUUUUACUGAUCGUAGGUGGAUGUGGGUAUUUAUUGCGGAAAAUAAAGUGAUUGUUUUAAAAUUUGAAGGAAUAUGUUCAUUAUCUGAUAAGAAAAUGAUAAAUGUGAAAUGAUGAUAUUCUGAUUUACGAAUAUUUUAUUGAUUGAUCUGUGCGUAAAGGUUAUUGGAAAUAUUAAAUAGUUUAAAUAGACGUGAAAUAAUAUCACUUUACAAAGUGGUACUAAAGUGUAAGUGAUUAAGCUAAGUCAGGAUUUAGGAACGGUGAAGAUUAAUUCUGUAUAGAUAUGAACGGUUUAAACGUAAUGAAAGGCUGUGUUACGUUGAGUGUAUUAUGCGGUCUUAUGUUAGCGGUUCGAGCCCAGUGCCCGAGCAAGUGUCAGUGUUUUGGCACGACUGCACGGUGCAUGUUUCUGCAGUUGGAGACUAUACCUGACGUACCGAGGACAACAACAAUUCUAGAUCUGAGAUUUAAUGCGAUAAAAGACAUUCCGAGAGGUGCGUUAAGAAAUGUACCGAGACUAGAAACAUUACUCUUAAAUAACAACGAGCUGAAAGUUAUCAAAUCAGGUGCAUUUGAAGGUCUACGUGAAUUGAGAUUUUUAUACUUAUACAAGAAUAAAAUUGAAGCGAUUGAACCAGAUGUAUUCAAUCAUUUACACAAGUUGGAACAAUUAUUUUUGCACGGCAAUUAUUUAAAGAGAUUGCCACCUGGUCUAUUCUCGUCAAAUAGAAAUUUAAAACGAUUACGGUUGGAUUCAAACGCUUUGAUAUGUGACUGUGAAAUGGUAUGGUUAGCACAGAUGUUAAAGAACAAUUUAGCCGAGACUCAGGCAGCAGCUAUUUGUGAAUAUCCGGGUAAUUUAAAGGGCAAAUCACUCAUGGAGAUCAGUAUGUCCGAAUUCAAUUGCGCCAAGGACAUCAACUCUAUCAUAGAAUCGCCAAGUGCAACGCAGAGAAAGUUACUUGUUUUUACAGACAUUAGAGAUACACCUGUAAUAACAAAUGAACCUACAGAUGUAGAAGUAAAUUUCGGAAACACUGCUUACUUCCGGUGCAGAGCAGAAGGAAGUCCAACACCGGAAAUAGUUUGGGUAAAAAACAAUCAAAUACUGGACACAACAGAAGGGCGAUACAAUGUUCUAGAAGACGGUACACUUAUGAUCCAAGAUGCACGAGAUACGGACAGAGGAUUUUACGAAUGUAUCGCCAGGAAUACUGCUGGCGAGGUGAAAACUAAUGCUGUAGAAUUACGAAUGAAUGAUCAACAUCAUCAUCAUAAUCAAAAUCAUCACAAUGAUAAUCAUCAACAUCAGAAUCGAGAUCAUGGUCGACAGCUUAAUAAUCAGAUUGAAAGACAUCCUGGUCGCCGGCACGAGCAACCACGACAUAAUGUGGCACCAACUUUUCUUACCAGACCAUCAGAUGUUAAUGCAGACCUUGGAGACACAAUAGAUUUGCCAUGCUCUGCGACCGGAUAUCCUCAACCGGAAAUCACGUGGACAUUAAAUGGGAACACAAUUCGUCUUAACUCACGUGUAAGCUUAGUCGGUGGAGGUUUACAUAUAAUCAGUGUACGAGAUGACGACAGGGGAGACUAUCGAUGCCGGGCUGAAAAUGAUGAAGGAAUAAUAACUGCUUCGGCAAGACUAAUUGUCCAAGUGGCCCCUCAUUUUGUGUUACGACCAGUCGAUAUUAUUCUACCAGAGGACAGCACUGCUGUGUUCCAGUGUGACGCAAUGGGAGAACCAACGCCGCUAAUUUCUUGGUUUAGAAAUAACGACCCGUUACCUAACAAUGGUAGAUUCCAGAUAUUAGACUCCGGUAGAACAAUGAGAAUCACCAGAAUACAACCGUCUGACAGUGACAUUUAUGUUUGUAGAGCCGAGAGUGCAGCUGGAAGAAUGGAAGCUCAGGCAGAGUUACAAAUUUCCUCAAGAACUGUCCCAAAUUUUGGUCGAAGAGAAGUAGAGGAGAAAUAUGUGGAAGAGGGUACAGAUGUGAGUUUAGACUGUACCCAAGAUGGACAACCAUCACCACAAUUUAGAUGGAUAAAAUCUGGUAACACUUUACGUAACGGAAGGAAAUAUUUAGUGGAGGGAAGUAUUCUUACCAUCAGGCGGGCUAUAAACAGUGAUGAAGGACUAUACGAGUGUUUCGCGGAAAACUCAUUAGGUUUUGCUCGACAUUCAGUGAGACUGGUCGUGAGAGAUGCUGUUGUUAGACCAGGUGAUCCUUUUGUAAAUGAGGCAAUAUCAUCAGCAACAUCUCAAGUACAAAAUGCUAUCAACAUUACGAGAAGCGAACUAUUUGACAGAGGAAAAACACACAAUGUCGAAGACCUUCUUUCUUUGUUCAGAUAUCCUUCCGCAGAAACGCUGGAAAUAGCUCGAGCAGAAGAAAUAUUUGAGCAAACUUUGGAGAUUAUUCACAGACAUGUUGCAGACGGUCAUUCUUAUAACUUGGAAGGAAAUGAAUUAAACUACCAAGAGAUCGUUUCACCAGCUCAUCUUUCCUUGAUUGCGAAUAUGUCCGGAUGUUUCCGCCGAAACUUACUACAAAAAUGUACCAACAUGUGUUUUCAUAAGAAAUAUAGAACAAUGGAUGGCACGUGUAACAACCUACAGAAUCCAAGCUGGGGAUCCGCCAACUCUGCUCUGAAAAGACUUCUUCCGGCAGAAUAUGAAAAUGGUUUUAACUCACCUAAAGGCUGGAAUAGAGCUCGAUUAUAUAACGGGAAACAUCUUCCAAGUGCUCGGUUAAUCUCUUCAGUAAUGAUGACUGCUGACAGUGUGUCUACAGAUAGUAAAGAUACUCACAUGGUGAUGCAAUGGGGCCAGUUUAUUGACCAUGACAUAGACCUUACACCUCAGUCCGUUAGCCAGCAUAUAUUUAACGAUGGUCGACGUUGUAAUGAGACAUGUGAAAAUAGCUUCCCUUGUUUCCCUAUACCCGUCCCACCCAGUGAUCAGAGAGUAAGGGGGCAGUCAUGUUUAGGGUUCCACAGAAGUAGCGCAACCUGUAAUACUGGGACCACAUCUAUAUUUUUCAAAACAUUUUCUCAUAGGCAACAGUUAAAUGCAUUAACAAGUUAUAUCGAUGGAAGUCAAAUUUAUGGUAGUAGUGAUAGUUUAGCUGAGAGAUUGAGAGACGUCUCUCAUGAACAUGGUCAUUUAUUGGUGGGAUCUUUAUAUGAAUCAGGAAAGCGACAGCUACCGUAUGACUUCCAUGGAAUAAUUGGACCAGCAGAUUGUCAGAUUGAGAGUAGUAAAAGAUAUAUACCAUGUUUCCUAACAGGAGAUAGUCGGGCUAACGAGCAUCUAGGCUUAACAGCUAUGCAUACUUUAUGGAUGCGCGAACAUAAUAGAAUAGCUACAGAAUUGUCAGAUAUUAAUCCACACUGGGAUGGUAAUAUGUUAUAUCACGAAGCUAGGAAGAUUGUAGGAGCUAUGAUGCAACAUAUAACGUAUACAGAGUGGUUACCAAAAAUAAUAGGUCCUGAGGGAAUGAGAAUGCUAGGAGAAUAUAAAGGAUAUAAACCUUCCGUUGAGUCAACAGUUACUAAUGAGUUUGCUACAGCCGCUAUGAGAUUUGGCCACUCAUUGGUUCAACCUGUUUUAUUCAGACUAAACUCAACCUUUCAACCAAUUUCCGAAGGCAAUUUACCACUGCAUAAAGCAUUUUUCUCUCCCUAUAGAAUAGUGGAGGAGGGUGGAAUUGACCCAGUUCUAAGAGGACUGUUCGCUCAAGGAGCUAAAAUGAGAAUGCCAAAUGAAAUCAUGAACUCUGAACUGACGGAGAGAUUAUUUUCGUUGGCAAACAGAAUAGGGCAGGAUCUCGCUUCAUUAAAUAUUCAGCGAGGAAGAGAUCAUGGUUUACCUUUCUACAAUGAGUACAGAAAAAUGAUAAACUUGACAAAUGCGAGAUCCAUCAACGAUUUACGCAAUGAGAUACAAGACAGGAAUACUAGAGAAAGUCUCGAUCUCUUGUACGGACAUGUUGAUAAUAUUGACUUGUUUGUGGGCGGUAUGGCGGAAACGCCUUUAGAAGGCGCCAAAGUCGGUCCAACAUUUUUACAUAUACUUGUUGACCAAUUUAAGAGAUUGCGAGAUGGGGAUAGAUUUUGGUACGAGAAUCCUAUGGUGUUUAGUUCAGAUCAGCUAGUUCAGUUGAAACAAUUUUCUUUAUCACGUGUUCUAUGUGACAGUAGUGAUUCAAUAACACGUGUUCAACGUGACGUAUUUUCAAUGGUGCAUUCACGUGACGAGUAUAUCUCAUGUAGUGACAUUCCAAAAAUUGAUCUCAAAAUGUGGACUGACUGCUGUAUGGACUGUGGGAAAGCAGGUGAUUUUAGAUCAAUAACAAGUCAUUUUAGAAGACGACGAGCACAUGACUUCAGUUACCAGUCAGACAGUGCCAGUGAUGGUGAAGCGUUAGAGAUGCUUGAAAACAUCCGUGAACAGAUGUACAACCGACAGGAAAUCGAUAUUAAGAUGCAUGACAUGGAAAACAGGCUUAAAGACAUGCAGGGCAUCAUGCAGGCCAUGGACCAUUCUAUGAAGAAAAUGAAACGAAAUAUGCGUACAAUGAUGAGUCACUCGGCACAAGAUUUAAUGUGUAUGGACAGUGAUGGACAGAAACAUCCACAUGGAGAUAAAUGGAAUAAAGAUGAUUGUACAAGAUGUAAAUGUAGAAUGGGUAAAAUUAGAUGCAAGACAAAAACUUGCUCGACACCAAAUUGUGCUUUUCCAAAGAAGAUGGCAGGACAGUGUUGUAUGAUUUGCUGACACGGACUUUCGUCUCUAGGUGUACAAUUUUAAAUCUACACAAAGUGUAAUAAAACACAAGGUGUAUACACAUGCAUCGGACAUCUGUGUAUGCAACUUCAAUACGCAAUAUGAUAUUAUGUAUGGAAGGUCUUUCAAUAACGCAGGAGCGAAAAAUUAUUCUGUUUAAAAAGACCUCUUGGAUAAAGAUGUCGCCUCAAAAACAAUAACUUUUUACACACAAAAUAAUAAAAUAAUUAUUCCAUUAUAUUUUUGAUUUUGUGUUAUCCUUACUUGUGUCGAUUUGCAAACCCUGUUGUAACAACAUAUAACUUAAUAUAUUGUCAGUUUGACAACUUACAUUUGAAACGAAAUUAUACAUCAGCCAAAAUUAUGAAAUUCUAUUAAAACGUUAUUUGCACAAAUGAACAAAAUUUGGUGUCUGCUCAUCGACAAACGUUGUGUGAAAUGCUCUCCCUUGUGAUAAACGUCGUCAGGUACAAUAAAUAUUUAUUUUUAUUGCAUGAAAUCCAGAAUAAUUAGACUAGUAGUAAACAUUAUACAUGCUUCUAAUCAUAUACUCUUAAAAAGGAAACUUUUUUACUCUUUGGUAAACGUUUUGUAUGGUAUGGCGUUCGUACAUAUGUAAAAUUAAUGUUUAGUGAUUAGAUCUGAUUUUUGAGACUAUUUUGUGUGACGUUACUGAACUAUGUCUUAAGAUUGAUGAAUUUGAUAUAAGUGCUCCUUUAUACCGCAUUAGUGUGAACAUGUGUACCAUUAUUAUGAUUUUGUAUGUUUUUGCAUUCUACAUUUGUAUAACAAAGCUGCUUUUAGAAAUUACUGUAUACAUUUAGCACUUAUAUUUUAUAUGAAUGAAAGGAUAUGUGCAUAACCAUUUAAAUAGGGACAUACCAAUAUAACAUGAUUACCAGAAAAUGUCUCCGUCUGACUUCUGUAAAAAGGUGUAGAUUACUGAAUAAUAUUUUUUUGGAUAGACAGAGAUUGAGAUAUUUACUGAUGUAGUAAGUGACGUCGUUCAAUUUAGAACGUAAAUCAACUCCAUGUUUCUCUGUCUGUAAUGCUUUCUUUCUGGAAUAUAUUUGUUUAUACAGAUGUGAUGUUGGCAUAGGAAAAUUAUUUCUGUUUCUUUUUUCCUGUUUUCUUCUCUUUUUUAAGGACGUGACUUACAAAUUCAAAAUGUAGUUAGUGUACAUUUUAAAUAAAUUUCAUAUAAACAUCGUUUCAUCCACGACCGAAAACGUAUGCGUCAGAUGCCAAUACAUUUGAACCAAAAUUUAGUGUGUGUUUUUUUAAAGUUCUUUUUCAUCUGAUAUAUUACUUAUUUUAUAAUCUAUGUAAUAUGCUUAUGGUCAUUUGUUCAAAAUUAGAAUCGUUUUUCUUGUUAUGUUAACAUAAUAUUCUAUUUUUUGUAUAUUUACUUUUUCUUAAUGAGAUUAUUUUUCUUUGAUUUCAAACUCAUUUCAUUCCGCAGAAUUUAGCGCAUUUUUCAUCUUUUUUCCUAUAUUAAAUAGAUUCAAUAAAUAAAUCAAUGCCACCUGUUUUUGAUUUAGGAAUUUUGGUUGUAUACUUCUAAUUUUCAUACGAGUGAAUGUCUUGUCAUUUAUAUGUGUUUGUAUGAGAGGCUUUAUACUGUAUAUUUCGCUGUAUGAUUUGGCCAGUAGGUGUGGUAGGCAGUUAGUUUAGAUUUUAAUGUAUUAUUUACAGCGUAAUAGCCAUUUGAUAAAUAUUUUUAAGUAUUACUGUAAAUUCUCAUCAAAUGAGGAUUGAACCUUUCAUGUUGAAAUCUUUCCUUGAUGUAGAAAAUGAUAUAUCGCAGUUAAUGGUGAUUCAACACUUGAUGACCUCAGUAACUUCAUCUACAUAGAAUGACACAAUUUACAAUCAUGAUAUGUUUUAACAUGUGUAUACGUUAGCUAUAUUUCUUUUAGAAGCCUUUUUAUAUUUCAUCUUUUAAAUACAUUUUGAAAAAAAUAAAUAAAACUGAAAUAUCACUAUAA